AAACCGUCCAUGUACCAGCAAAAAGCCCUUUCCCUCCUCGUCGCUGCCCUCAGAAUUAGAAACUUGCUGUGUCGCUGUGCAGAGGGAUUGAGAGGCUGAUUGCCAAGUUGAACUAUCGUUUUCCCGAACGACGGCGCGUACAGGCUGAGAAGAAAAGGAGGGAAUUAAAAAACUGAUCUCAUUCCAAUUUUAUUAAAAUCAGACAGUAAAUUAAAAAUCAGAGGAAAUCGUCCAUGGGUCUCAUACAGACAGACCCUUCCACUGGAAACCAAGAGCUAAAUGUGAUCGACCAACUGAUUGAUAAGCAAAAGCUUACUGCUCCUAUCAAAUCCGCUGUUGAUAAAUUUCAGCUUCUUCCUGAGUUCUUAAAGGUGAGAGGAUUGGUGAAGCAACAUUUAGACUCGUUUAAUUACUUUGUAAACAUUGGUAUAAAGAAGAUUGUGCGUGCCAAUGAUCGUAUUGUGUCCAGUCUUGAUCCUGGUAUUUAUCUUAGGUUCAAAGAUGUUAGGAUUGGUACACCUUCAGUAAUAGUGGACGGUGUUAGUGAACAACUUAGUCCUCAUAUGUGUCGGUUGGCCGAUAUGACAUAUGCUGCACCAAUUAUGGUCAAUGUGGAGUAUAUUCAAGGAAGCCAUGAUCAGAAAACCAGAGUGGAAAAGAAUGAUGUUGUUAUUGGAAGAAUGCCUAUAAUGUUACGGAGUCGCGGCUGUGUUUUAUAUGGAAAAGAUGAGGCUGAACUUGCAAGGCUUGGCGAGUGCCCCCUUGAUCCUGGAGGAUAUUUUAUCAUAAAAGGGACAGAAAAGGUUAUUUUAAUACAAGAGCAACUGUCAAAGAAUAGGAUUAUUAUUGAUAAUGAUAAGAAGGGAAAUAUAAAUGCAUCUGUCACAAGUAGCACGGAGGCUACAAAGAGCAAAACAAUUAUUCAGAUGGAAAAGGAGAAGAUGUAUCUGUGUCUAAAUCAAUUUGCAAAAAAGAUUCCUAUUAUGGUGGUAAUGAAGGCUAUGGGAAUGGAGAGUGAUCAAGAAGUUGUACAGAUGUUGGGAAGAGAUCCUCGAUAUAGUGCCUUACUUUUGCCAUCUAUUGAGGAAUGUGCCAGUCUGAAUAUAUACACACAACAAAAAGCUUUGGAGUACCUUGAAGGAAAGGUGAAGAUGCCUACAUAUUUCAGCUCUUCUUAUGUAAAGGAAAAUAGAGCUUUGGGUAUUCUUCGAGAUGUAUUUCUUGCUAAUGUUCCGGUACAUAAAAAUAAUUUCCGUCCAAAAUGUUUAUAUGUUGCGGUAAUGUUGCGGAGGAUGAUGGAAGCUAUGUUAAACAAGGAUGCAAUGGACGAUAAGGAUUAUGUGGGUAACAAGCGAUUGGAGCUCUCUGGCCAGCUAAUUUCUCUGCUCUUUGAGGAUUUGUUUAAGACAAUGAUCACUGAGGUUCAGCGAACAAUAGACGCUGUCCUAUCAAAGCCAAACCGCUCUAGCCGGUUUGACCUUGCCCAAUAUUUAGUCAGAGAUAGUAUUACUAAUGGGCUAGAAAGGACGCUCUCUACUGGCAACUUUGAUGUCAAACGUUUUAGAAUGCACAGGAAAGGCAUGACACAGGUGCUAGUUAGGUUGUCCUUUAUUGCAAGUUUGGGCAUGAUGACAAGAGUCUCACCUCAAUUUGAGAAGUCCAGGAAAGUAAGUGGACCUAGAGCAUUGCAACCUAGCCAGUGGGGCAUGCUUUGCCCAUGUGAUACUCCAGAAGGUGAAGCUUGUGGGCUAGUGAAGAACUUGGCUUUAAUGACUCAUGUUACAACUGAUGAAGAAGAAGGUCCAUUAAUUUCGCUGUGCUACUGUUUGGGGGUUGAAGACUUAGAACUUCUCUCUGGAGAAGAGCUUCACACACCAAAUUCUUUUCUGGUUAUAUGUAACGGGCUCAUUCUCGGCAAGCACAGGAGACCUCAGCAUUUUGCUAAUGCAUUGAGAAAGCUGCGAAGAGCUGGCAAAAUAGGCGAGUUUGUGUCUGUCUUUGUGAAUGAGAAGCAGCAUGCUGUGUACAUUGCUUCCGAUGGGGGUCGAGUUUGUCGUCCACUCGUUAUUGCAGACAAAGGUGUUUCAAGGAUUAAAGAACACCAUAUGAAAGAGUUGCUGGAUGGAGUUCGAACUUUUGAUGACUUCUUACGCGAGGGGUUGAUCGAAUAUCUUGACGUCAAUGAGGAGAACAAUGCUCUGAUAGCUUUGUAUGAAGGGGAGGCUACACCUGAGACUACCCAUAUUGAGAUAGAGCCUUUCACCAUAUUAGGAGUUUGUGCUGGGUUAAUACCGUUUCCUCAUCAUAAUCAGUCACCAAGAAAUACAUAUCAGUGUGCUAUGGGGAAGCAAGCGAUGGGAAACAUAGCAUACAACCAGUUAUUUCGGAUGGACUCGUUGCUUUACCUAUUGGUGUAUCCCCAGCGGCCUCUGUUGACAACAAGGACAAUUGAACUGGUUGGUUAUGAUAAGCUUGGGGCAGGUCAGAAUGCAACUGUUGCUGUGAUGAGUUAUAGUGGUUAUGACAUAGAGGACGCAAUAGUCAUGAACAAGGCAUCUUUGGAUCGUGGUUUUGGUCGUUGUAUUCUUUUGAAGAAGUACACUGCCACCAUUCAAAAGUAUGAAAAUGGUGCAGAAGAUAGAAUAGUAAGGCCACGAAAGACUGAAGAAAAGGAGAGGUUGUUAGAUUAUGAUGGAAUGGCUGCUCCUGGGGAAAUUAUUAGAGCAAAUGAUAUUUAUAUCAAUAAGGAGUGCCCAGUGGAAACAAGGGGGCCGUUAAAAUCAGCUGCAGCAUUAGCAGACAUGAAAUACAAGCCUAGCUAUAAUGCAUACAAAUACACUGAAGGGGAGUCCUGUGUGGUAGACAGAGUUGCUCUUUGUUCAGACAGGAAUAACAAUUUUUGUAUCAAAUUCAUAAUUCGUCAUACCCGUAGACCAGAGCUUGGUGACAAGUUUAGUAGCAGGCAUGGGCAGAAAGGUGUUUGUGGAGUUAUCAUUCCACAGGAAGAUUUCCCCUUUUCUGAACGUGGCAUUUGCCCUGAUUUGAUUAUGAACCCUCAUGGCUUUCCCAGUCGAAUGACUGUUGGAAAGAUGAUAGAACUUCUCGGUGGUAAAGCCGGGGUUUCAUGCGGUAGAUUUCAUUAUGGUAGUGCUUUUGGUGAACCAAGUGGUCAUGCAGACAGGGUGGAAACCAUAAGCCAAACCCUUGUCGAUCGCGGCUUUAGCUACAAUGGCAAGGACUUCAUUUACUCAGGCAUCACAGGCUGCCCGCUACAAGCAUACAUUUUUAUGGGGCCAAUUUACUACCAGAAGCUGAAACACAUGGUCCUAGAUAAAAUACACGCUCGAGGUAGUGGACCCCGUACAUUGCUGACUAGACAACCUACUGAAGGGAGAGCUAAAAAUGGAGGACUUCGAGUUGGAGAAAUGGAGCGUGAUUGUUUGAUUGCUUAUGGUGCUAGCAUGUUGAUUUUUGAGCGUCUAAUGAUUUCUAGUGACCCUUUUGAAGUUCAGGUUUGUAGAGUUUGCGGUUUGUUAGGAUAUUUCAAUCAGAAACUGAGAUCUGGGAUUUGUUCCACUUGUAAAAAUGGGGAUAAUAUUUCUACUAUGAAACUGCCAUAUGCUUGCAAGCUUUUACUUCAGGAACUCCAAUCCAUGAAUAUUAUUCCUCGUCUGAAACUUGAUGAAGCAUAAUCAUCGAUACCCCAAAAUGCUGCUCACUUAAGUGCAUGAGAUUUGUGGAUACUUGAUUGAUAUUUCAAGAUUGUCAAGGCAAAGAGAUGAGAGAUUCAUAUUCUAUACUGAGUUGUUAGAGGCUUGCGGCUGCAAUACUCGACGGGGAAAUCUACUUCUGAAAAAAUGGUGAAAUUGUUCCAUUUUACUGUUAGUUUCCAUUGGCAUUUCUCUCCAAAAGUGUUUCUAAAGUUUAGCAAGUUAUCUGGCAUCUGUGUAUGGAAGACAUAAAUGUGCUGAAUUGGAUCACUUGUUUUGACAAUUAAUGAUAAUCCAUUAUCGUGUUUAUCAUC